GACUUUUCUCACUAUCAGUCCAUCAACAGCGUUUAGACAGAAGAAACAUAAGAAACGGCAGAAUAAAUUAGAGCUGACAUCCUCUAGAUUGGGUCUGUUUAACAAUAGAGGGAGCUCAAACAAGACAAAAUUCGGCAGGUAUGGCUGAUGAACUUGUGAGAGAUUGCUCCGUUGUUCAAGUCCACAGCUCAAAGAAUCAGGAAACAUCUGCUUCUCCAAGUCCCAGCCAUAAGUCGAUAAAGAGCGAUCAGUCAAUGAAUCAUCCACGUGACUUUAAAGGAUCCAGCUUACUUCAGCCUGGUGUAUCAGACAUUCCAAAUGAAUUCAAGAAAAGCAAUCAGUCCAUGGAUCAUUUAGUGGAAUUUAAAGAGUCCAGCUCAGUGCCGCAAGGGAGAUCAGCUUCUCCGUGUCCCAGCCAUGAGUCCAUGAAGAGCAAUCAGUCAAUGAAUCAUCCAAGGGAUUUGAAAGGAUCCAGCAACAUACUUCAGCAACAUAAAUCAGAUUGUCUUUAUUCCAGUCCUGAGUUCCAAAACAGCAAUCAGUCCAUGGAUCAUUUAGUGGAAUUUAAAGAAUCCAGAACUGACUUGUCCACAAAAGAAACACUCAGAUCACAUCUACGGAACAAAUGUCAGUGUUUGCAUGAAGGAACAAUAAAAAACAUUGGCCUCAUACCACUCAAUGAGAUCUACACUGAGGUCUACAUCACAGAAGGUUGGUGUGGGGAGAUCAAUAAUGAGCAUGAGGUGAGACAGAUUGAAGCAGCAUUGAGGAGAGCAUCAACAAAAGACAAACCAAUCAAAUGCAAUGAUAUUUUAAAGCCUCUACUUGGACAAGACAAACCCAUCAGAACUGUGCUGACAAAAGGAGUCGCUGGCAUUGGAAAAACAGUUUGUGUGCAGAAGUUCAUUCUGGACUGGGCUGAAGGGAAAGCAAAUCAAGAUAUUAAUCUCAUAUUUCCACUGCCUUUCAGAGAGCUUAAUCUGAUGAAGGACCAAAAAGUCAGUUUUAUAGAUCUUCUAAAAUUAUUCACACAUAUAGAACAAUUAGAAAUAUCUCAAAAUGAAAGUAAAAUCCUUUUGAUCUUGGAUGGUUUGGAUGAAUGUCGCCUCCCUCUGGAUUUUGACAACAGCGUGAGGUUGUGUGAUGUAAAUGAAUUGGCGUCAGUAGAUGUGCUGGUGACAAAUCUAAUCAAGGGAAAUCUGCUUCCCUCUGCUCUCAUCUGGAUCACCUCCAGACCAGCAGCAUCUGAUCUCAUCCCGUCUGAGUGUUUUGAUCGAGUCACAGAGGUACGAGGCUUCAGUGAUCCACAAAAGGAGGAAUACUUCAGGAAGAGAAUCAGUGAUGAAGGUCUGGCCGACAAAAUUAUCUCGCAUCUGAAGUCCUCCAGGAGUCUCUACAUCAUGUGUCACAUCCCAGUCUUCUGCUGGAUUUCAGUCACUGUUCUAGAGAAAAUGUUGAAAGAAUCAGAAAGCGGAGAGAUCCCAAAAACUCUCACUCAAAUGUACACACACUUCCUCAUCAUUCAGAUAAACAUAAAAAAUGAGAAAGACUAUGAGAGGAAGGUUAGCGAUGAGGUGAUGAUUCUCAAACUUGGGAAACUGGCUUUUCAGCAGCUUCAGAAAGGCAAUCUGAUCUUCUACGAAGAAGAUCUCAGACAGUGUGACAUUGAUGUGAAAGAAGCAUCAGUAUUCUCUGGAUUGUGCACUCAGAUCUUUAGAGAAGAAUCAGGACUUUUUCAAGGGAAGGCUUACUGCUUUGUCCAUCUGAGUGUUCAAGAACAUCUUGCGGCUCUGUAUGUGUACCUCUCUUUCAUUAAUAAGGAUGUAAAUGUAUUAGGCCAGCCGUGUGUUUUACCCAACGUUUUGGCUUGCACGCAUGGUUCACGUAAUUCAAUAUUUAUUCUGCAUCAGACAGUGUUGAAGAAAGCCUUGCAAAGUACCAAUGGACAUUUGGACCUUUUUCUUCGCUUCUUUGUGGGCUUCUCACUGGAGUCCAAUCAGAUUCUCUUGCGAAACCUUUUCACAGAGCCAGAAAAACUCUCCUACAGCAAUGAGAGAAUAGCCCAGAUGAUCAAGAUGAAGAUUGACGAAAAUCCUUCUACUGAGAAAUCAAUCAAUCUCUUCCACUGCCUGAAUGAAUUAAAUGAUCAUUAUCUAGUGGAGGAUAUCCAGGAUUAUCUUAAAUCAGGCUCAGAAAUAAAUAAAACACUUUCACCCUCACAGUGGUCAGCAGUCGUUUUCAUAUUGCUGACCUCAGGUCGAGACCUAGAUUUGUUCGAUUUAGACAAAUAUGUAAAGAAAAACAUCUCAGCAAAUGAAGCUCUUCAAAGGCUGCAGCCAGUGAUUGAAGCAUCGAGAACAACAAGGCUUUGUGGGCAUAGCUUUUCGCAGAAAGGCUGUGCCACCUUGGUUUCUGUCCUCAACUCAAAGACUUCAUGCAUGAGAGAGCUGUUUUUAACAGAAAGCAAUAUAAAGGAUGAAGGAUUGAAGCAGCUCUGUACAGGACUGGCAAAUACUAAGUGUCAGCUGGAGAUACUGGGGCUGAGCAGAUGUGGAAUCACUCAUGAAGGUUUUGCUACUUUGGCUUCAGCUCUGAGAUCAAACCCCUCACAUCUCCAAGAAUUGGAUCUUUCUGGAAAUUCAGUAACAAACUAUGGAGUGAACCUGCUUUCAGCUGAAUUAGGGAAUCCACAUUGUAAACUUGAAAGAUUACUGAUAAGAAAUUGUGGCAUAACUCAUGAAGGUUGUGCUGCUUUGGCUUCAGCUCUGAGAUCAAACCCCUCACACCUGAGAGAACUGAAUCUGUCACGAAAUAAAUUAGGAGAUUCCGGAAUAAAGCAGCUCUCUGAUGCACUGAAAUCUCCUAACUGUAAACUGGAGACAUUAUUGUUGAUGAAUUGUGGCAUCACUCAUGAAGGUUGUGCAGCUCUGGCUUCAGCUCUGAGAUCAACCAUCUCACAUCUAAGACAACUGGAUCUGUCUGGAAACAACCUUACAAACAGAGGAGUAAGAAGGCUGUCUGUAGAUCUAGAGAAUUGUGAUUGCAAACUCGAGAUGCUAAGGUUAGAGAAUUGUGGUGUCACAGAUGAAGGUUGUGCUGCUCUGGGUUCAGUUUUGAAAUCAAACCCCUUAAACCUAAGAGAGAUAAAUCUAGGUUGGAAUAAAAUUGGUGAUUUAGGAGUGCAGUCACUCUUUGCUGCAAUGGAGAAUCCUAACUGCAAAUUAGAAGUUUUAGGGUUACGAGAUUGCAAAAUUACAGAUGAAGCUUAUGCUGAUCUGGUUUCAACACUUAAAUCAAACCCCUCAACCCUGAAAGAGUUGGAUCUGUCUCAGAAUACACUGAGAAUCCCAGGAAUAAAACACCUCUCUUCUGUAUUGGAAAAUCCUAACUGUAAACUGGAGAUACUACGUCUGGAAUGUUGCGGUAUCACAGAUGAAGGUUGUGCUGUUCUGGUAUCAGCUCUAAGAUCAAACCCUUCACACCUGAGAGAGCUGAAUCUGUACAUGAACCAUAUUGGACGUACAGGAGAGCAGCUGUUGUCGGAUAUGAAAGAGGAUCCGAAUUCUAAACUGGACACACUAAAGUCACAAAUAUACAUUACACAGACUGAAAUAAAAUUACAAGGGAAUAAGAUUUUAAAUGUAUUUUAUUUCAAAUCAAGAUCAGUGUCUCCAGUGCCUAGCUGCUUGUCUAUGAAAAGCAGCAAUGCUGUUGAUUAUCCUCCAUACAUAGAAGAUGGCAGUACUCCAUGUGAACCCAGUAGGCAAAUAAGAUCUGAAUCAAUUGUACACAGAACUGUGUCCACAAAGAGUUAUAUGUCAAUUGAACAGCCUCCAAACAUCAACUGUGAAAUAGAACCUGGAGGAAAAUCAGACGAAGUAACCGGCAUGGGGUCCAUUAGGAGUAACCAAUCUAAAUAUACAGCUGACACAAGGAAAAACAGCUGGGAAUCUGAACUGGCUGUCCUUAAGGAAUUCAAAUCAAACUUAAAAGUCAAGUGUCAAUGUUUGCAUGAAGGAAUUGCAUGUCAGAGAAACCCAACACUCCUCAAUGACAUCUACACAAAGGUUUACAUCACAGAGGAUAGAGGCGGAGGGAUCAAUAAUGAGCAUGAGGUGAGACAGAUUGAAGCAGCAUCCAGGAGAACAUCAACAGAGGACAGACCCAUCAAUUGCAAUGACAUCUUCAAACCAUCACACGGGCAAGAAAAACCCAUCAGAACUGUGCUGACAAAAGGAGUUGCUGGGAUUGGAAAAACAGUUUCUGUGCAGAAGUUCAUUCUGGACUGGGCUGAAGGCAAAGCGAAUCAAGAUGUUCAUCUCAUAUUUCCACUUCCUUUCAGAGAGCUUAAUUUAAUGAAUAAACAAAAGUUCAGUCUCGUGGAACUUCUCAGUAUCUUUAUCGUGGAAACGAAACAUUUAGAAAUAUCCAAUGAUAAAUAUAAAGUUUACUUUAUCUUGGAUGGUUUGGAUGAGUGUCGCCUCCCACUGGAUUUUGACAACAGCGUGAGGUUGUGUGAUGUAAAUGAAUCAGCGUCAGUGGAUGUGCUGGUGACAAAUCUGAUCCAGGGGAAUCUACUUCCCUCUGCUCUCAUCUGGAUCACCUCCAGACCAGCAGCAUCUGAUCUCAUCCCGUCUAUGUGUGUUGAUCGAGUCACAGAGGUACGAGGUUUCAGUGAUCCACAAAAGGAGGAAUACUUCAGGAAGAGAAUCAGUGAUGAGGGUCUGGCCGACAAAAUCAUCUCACACCUAAAGUCCUCCAGGAGUCUCUACAUCAUGUGUCACAUCCCAGUGUUCUGCUGGAUUUCAGUCACUGUUCUAGAGAAAAUGUUGGGUGAAGCAGAGAGAGGAGAGAUCCCCAAAACUCUCACUCAGAUGUACACACACUUCCUCAUCAUUCAGACGAACAUCAAACAUCAGAAGGACUAUGAGAUGAAAGUGAAAGAUGAAGAGAUGAUUCUCAAACUGGGAAAAUUGGCUUUUGAGCAGCUUAUGAAAGGCAAUCUGAUCUUCUACGAGGAAGACCUGACAGAGUGUGGUAUUGAUGUAGCAGAAGCAUCAGUGUAUUCAGGAUUGUGUACUCAGAUCUUCAGAGAAGAACAUGGGCUGCACCAGAGGAACGUCUACUGUUUUGUUCACAUGACCAUGCAGGAACAUCUUGCAGCGUUGUAUGCGUAUCUCUCCUUUAUCAACAAUAAAAUAAAUGUGAUUGAUCAAAAUACAACAACAUGCUCGGACUUAUCUGACAUGCUUAUGAACGCUGUUGAUGAAGCAUUAGCAAGUCAAACUGGACAUCUGGAUCUCUUCCUCCGUUUUCUUCUGGGUCUCUCUUUGGCGUCCAAUCAGGUUCUCUUACAACGCCUGUUGACCCACACAGGGUCCAGCGUCCAAUGCACAGAGAAAACAGCCGAACAUAUCAAGCACAAGAUCAUGGAGAACCCAUCUCCAGAGAAGUCGAUCAACCUGUUCCACUGCCUGAAUGAACUCGGUGACCAUUCUCUUGUCAAAGAAGUUCAGCAUUUCCUUAUUUCGGGGACCAUAAGAGGAACUAAACUUUCAGCCUCACAGUGGUCAGCUGUCGCCUUUGUGCUGCUGACCUCAGAACAGCUGGAUGUGUUUCACAUGAGCAAGUAUGCCAGAAUGUGCAGUGAUAUUGAUGAAGUUCUUGUGAGGCUCUUGCCUGUGAUUGAGGCAUCUAGAACCGUUCAUCUUCAUUAUUGUAUACUGUCAUCCAAAUGCUGUCCAGCUCUGGCCUCUGCUUUAAGCUCAAAGAUUUCAUGUCUGAGAGAGCUGAACUUGAAUGGAAAUGGACUUCAUGAUGAAGGAGCAACCGAACUCUUUCACGGUCUGGAGAGUCCACAUUGUAAAUUGGAGAUACUGAGACUUGCAAACUGUAAACUGGCAGACAAAAGCUGUUCUGCUCUGGCCACUGCUCUUAAAUCAAAAUCCUCCAGUUUGAAGGAGCUCAACUUGAACUGGAAUAACCUGCAGGAUGCUGGAGUGAAUCUGCUCGCCACUGGACUGGAGAAUCCACAUUGCAAACUAGAGAUACUGAAGUUACGGAAAUGUGGCUUCACAUAUUCAGGCUGUGUUGCUCUGGCCACAGCUUUGAACUCGAACCCUUGUCAUUUGAAAGAACUUCAUUUGAAUAGAAAUGAUCUUGGAGAUGGAGGCAUGACAUUGCUUUCUGGUGCAUUGCAGAACCCUUGCUGUAAACUGGAGAUAUUAGGCGUGAUUAGAUGUGGUAUCACAGAUGAAGGUUGUGCAGCUCUGGCUUCAGCUCUGAUAUCAAACCCCUCACAUCUAAAACAGUUGGAUCUGUCUGAGAAUAAACUUGGAGAUUCAGGAUUAAAAAGGCUCACUGCUGGAUGCAUGAGUCCUUUCUGUAAACUAGAAACAUUGGGACUGAUGUAUUGUGAUAUCACAGAAGACGGUUGUGCUGCUCUGGCUUCAGCUCUGAGAUUAAACCCUUCACACCUGAGAUACCUGAACCUGUCUGGAAAUAUGCUAGGAGAUUCAGGAGUGAAGCUGCUGUCUGCUGGACUGGAAAAUCCAAACUGUAAACUUGAGAAACUUAAAUUGAUGUAUUGUGGCAUCACUGAUGGAGGUUGUGCUGCUUUGGCUUCAUUUAUGAAAUCAAACUCAUGCGAUCUUAAGGAACUCUAUCUGGAUAAGAAUGAUCUGGGAGACUCUGGAGUAAAGCUGAUCUCUGCUGCGCUGGAAAAUCCACACUGUAAACUGGAGUCACUAAAGUUGUGGGAAUGCAAUAUAACAGAUCAGGGUUGUAUUGCUCUGGCUUCAUCUUUGAGAUCAAACCCUUCACACCUGAGAAAUCUCUAUCUUUUUGGGAAUAAACUUGGACCGUCAGGUGUAAAGCUGCUCUCUGCACUCAUUGAUGAUCCGGAUAAUUCACUGGAGAAUUUCGAUUUAUACUAGUCGAUUAAACUACUGACUGAAGAUGAUGGCUGAAGAAAUGAUGUGACUGAUACUGAAGACAUCUACAGGGAUUAUAACAGUACAUAAUAUAUAGAUAUAUGUUAAUAUAUGAAUUUUACACACAAUAUAAUUGUUACACAUUGUUUAUCCUGUUACAGAA